CAUGAAGGAUGGCCGUAAGGAAGAGCUGUGGAGUACCGUUCUCCAUCCAAAUGUAACUUUACCUUCCUUUUAAUUACUUUUUAUCUUACAGAGUUAUGAAGAGCCGAAAAAGGUUCUUCAAGAACCGAGUACUGACUGCUAUAGUUAUCCUAGCUCUAUAUGUAGUCGUAGCCUCAACAUACAGCAGUUUUGCCAAUGACAAGACGACAACACAAUCCGCAGAAAGGAGUGAUGUGGAAGAGUUUCAAUUACCCUCGAGGCGACUUCUCGCCCACAAAACACGAAAACUCAACUGUACACCUCCAGCGAUUCUAGAGUUUCCGGAUGACAUGUUCAACCAAAAGCAAAGACAACAUGGCGCUGUGUUGGUUAACUUUCUCGUGUCAUUUUACAUGUUUUGGGCCAUUGCAAUCGUUUGUGAUGACUACUUCGUUCCGUGCUUAGAAAUUAUCUGUGAUCGUCUUGGACUUCAGACAGAUGUUGCUGGGGCAACCUUCAUGGCGCUUGGAAGCUCUGCGCCGGAAUUAUUUGCAUCUGUUAUUGGUGUUUUUAUCACAAAAGGAGACAUUGGUGUCGGCACUAUCCUAGGGUCAGCGGUCUUUAACGUGUUGUUCGUGAUUGGAGUGUGUGGUAUAAGCGCUGGAACGGUUCUGUAUCUUGCUUGGUGGCCUCUUGUCCGGGAUAGCUUUUUCUAUCUAUUAAGCUUGAUUGGCCUUAUGUUGGUCCUUAUGGAUAAUGUUGUUGUUUGGUCUGAAGCAACAGCUAUGGUUUCUUUCUACUCUGUGUACCUCGUUAUCAUGUACUUCAAUCCUCGCAUCGAGGCUUACCUAUACAAAGUGACUAAGACCACUACCCCAGAGUAUAAAUCUGACCUUCACGAACAGCAUGCCAAGAAUGGCCGGGAUAAUAAAGGCAACUACAUCAAAGUAAAAGAGGAUGAAGAAAAUGGAGUGGAAGAGAAAGAGAAAAAAGAUACGGAGACUGAAGAUGGCGAUGAGAAAAAGAGUAAUAUUUCAGACAGUGGAGAACAUCUGGCUCACCAUCAUGAGUACGAAAAACACGUCCCUCACGAAGUCCCAGACCUCACCCUUGGCUCACCAUUCUCUCCACCUAAAGGUGCCUGGAAACGAUUCUGUUGGUUUUUAGGCCUUCCCAUCAACAUAGCCUACUACUGUUCAAUUCCCGAUGUCAAGAAAAAAUCGUGCGAAAAAUGGGUUGGGUUUUCGUUUAUCGUGUGCAUUGGCUGGAUUGGCGUGACGUCAUAUAUGUUAGUCUGGAUGGUAACUGUGAUUGGCUAUACAUUUCUCAUACCUGACUCUGUUAUGGGGUUGUCACUGGUUGCUUUUGGUAGCAGUGUCCCGGAUUGUUUAUCCAGUCUAUUUGUCGCCCGCAAAGGUGAUGGAGAUAUGGCUGUCUCUCACACUGUAGGAAGCAAUGUGUUCGAUAUUCUUCUGUGUCUUGGCAUACCAUGGCUCAUCAAGACAACUGUCUGGGAAUAUGAUUCAUCGGUAGUAAUCAAUAGCCAUGGUUUGCUUAUUUCCUGCUUCUUUAUUCUUGGUUCUAUUGCUGUCACACUCAUUAUAAUAUAUUACUACAAGUGGACUCUCAACAAGAAAGUUGGUUGGAUCUAUAUGUUCUUUUACUUCGUAUUCAUGAUCAUUUCUGUGGUAGUAGAGAUGAAUGCCUUUGGGAAUUUCAACCCUCCAAUGUGCAUCGUUAACGUCUAAAAUAUCGACCCUUUUCCGGCACAUAAGACAAAGAAAAUCAACAAGAGACGAAUUUGAGAUAAUUUUGAAACUUUAAGCUUAAAAGUGGGUGCUUCAAGAUGGUUAGGUAAUAUAUAGAAGUCACUGUAGGAAAGGAUUUUCUGUAGUCUGAACAAAAAUAGCUUUAUCAAUGGCAUCGCACUGAGUAUAAAAUGGCAACAGUUUAGUCAUGAAAGUCUCGUACAACUACGUCAAAUUCAAUUAAUGAUACUGCCAUGUUACUCAUGGUAACAAGCAUGGCGUUUCCAUGGAGAGGAUCAAGUAGUAGAUCUAAGCCAAUGUUUUUGCAUCAUAUCCAUUGAAGUAACACUACUAUGACACUCAACGUUUUGGCACAAGAAUCAAGAAAUUAACGCGAACAAUGAUUUACUAUGCACGCUGAAACAAAUCAAAAAGUAAAAAAGUAUAUAAAAAAAAAGAAACAGCCUUUUUGACAGAACAUUUGAUGACCGUAUAUUUAUAGUUUUCUUCGUCAUAUGACAUCAUGGAUGACGUCAUAUAUCCCAUGCUAACGUCAUAUAUUACUGACGCACUUCAGAGCACGUCGUGCUUUCUCUCAAGUAAAAAAACGUGCUGCUGCACUGUCAUCUUCCUCAUGUUUCGCAAAGAUGGAGUGGACACAUUUGAUAUGAUGCUUUUGAGGAAAGACAGAAUGAAUUUAAAUCAAGAUUUAUGCAGUGUUGAAACCAUGCAGCAGGCAAAGCAUCAUUAUCAUCAUCAUUGUCAAUCUUCCCUAUCCACUGUUGCAGCAGACUGGUUGCCCAGGAUCGGUAUUUCCAACAUGAGCAGCAAUCUUGUUUUAUGCUGUAUUUCCUAUUGCGACAAUACUAAACAUUUUACUCAACACUAAGCAUUGCUCAAAACCUUAUGAUCAAAAUAUUCACUAGUUCCAUACUCAUAAAAUAAGAAUAAAUAAAUAAAUCACUUCUAUUUAAGUGUCAAUAUUCUAUGCACACAACGCUCAGCUCACAUGUUGAUUACGGAGGGAAUCGAGGAAACGAGUCAUUCAAAUAACAAGUAGUUUAAGAAAAAUCCCUUAAACGACCUUUGGAAAGCCAUAGAAAUAAAAUUAAUCAAGACUGAA